CAAGACAAAAGGGAAAUUCUUGGGCUCUGAAAAAUUCUCAAGCUUUCCUCUUCCUUGCAGAGGAUAAUAUCAUAGAAGUAGCAAAAAUACAGAAAGCAGCAAAGGCUAGGCAAAGACAGAAACAAAUGGAGGCACUGAAAAUUUGGAGUCUGUCUUCAAAGCCAUUCACUCUCAGAAAUCUCCUUCACUUUGCUUCUUCCAGCGCUUCUGUCACCACCACCAAACACUCUUAUUCCACUCAUGUCCUUCGCUGCUGCUCCACCACUUCCACCACCACCACCAGAACUGCCGGCCGCAACCGCCGCCAGUCCUCCUCCUCCUCCACUUCUGACCGUGAUGCCAUUCGUGCCCUUCGCUUGAAAAAGGUUGAAGAAUUGAGGAGCAAAGGACUUGAGCCCUAUGCAUAUAACUGGGAUAGGACUCAUACUGCCAAUCACCUACAAGAGAUAUACAAAUAUUUAGCGAAUGGUGAAGAGUCGAAUGGUGAGAGUGAUCAAGUAUCUAUUGCUGGGAGAAUUGUUGCGCGUAGAGCUUUUGGAAAGCUUGCAUUUCUUACUCUUAGAGAUGACUCUGGGACAAUUCAGCUUUACUGUGAGAAGGAUAGGCUUUUGAAUGAUCAGUUUGAGCAGUUGAAAGCACAUGUUGAUGUUGGUGAUAUAUUGGGUGUGAAUGGCUCAAUGAAGCGCACAGAGAAAGGUGAGCUCUCUGUUUGCGUGAGUUCUUUCUCGAUUCUUACGAAGUCUCUGCUUCCACUGCCAGACAAAUAUCAUGGUCUUACUGAUGUAGAUAAGCGCUACCGUCAAAGGUAUGUUGAUAUGAUCUCAAAUCCUGAAGUUGCUGAUGUGUUCCGUAAAAGAGCAAAGAUUGUUUCAGAGAUUCGCAAGACUGUGGAAUUGUUAGGUUUUGUUGAAGUUGAGACUCCAGUUCUCCAGGGAGCAGCUGGUGGAGCCGAAGCUAGGCCAUUUGUGACAUAUCACAAUUCACUUGGAAGGGAUCUCUACCUUAGAAUUGCAACUGAGCUUCACUUAAAGAGAAUGCUGGUUGGGGGAUUUGAAAAGGUAUAUGAGAUUGGCAGAAUUUUCAGAAAUGAGGGUCUUUCACCGCGUCAUAAUCCUGAAUUUACAACCAUAGAGAUGUAUGAAGCAUAUUCGGAUUACCAGAGCAUGAUGAUCAUGGCAGAGGAAAUUGUCACUCGAUGUGCUCUUGCUGUUCACGGCAAGCUUACCCUAGAAUACCAGGGUGUAGAGAUUUGUUUAGAGCGGCCCUGGAGAAGGGAAACCAUGCACAAUCUUGUAAAAGAAGCCACUGCUAUUGAUUUCAAUGAUUUGGGUGAUGAUCUUGAAGUUGCUAAAGAUGUCACCUUGAGGACUCUUGGAUCUGGACUUGAAGGUAAAGACAAAUCUGCCAUUGCAGCAUGUCCUUCUGUUGGGCACCUCGUUAAUGAGCUUUUUGAAAUCAUUGUAGAGCCAAAGCUCAUGCAACCCACAUUUGUUUUGGACUAUCCUAUUGAGAUAUCUCCUCUAGCCAAGCCACACCGAAGGCAUGAAGGCUUGACCGAGAGAUUUGAACUAUUCAUCUGUGGUCGUGAAAUGGCGAAUGCAUUUUCCGAAUUGACUGAUCCCAUGGAUCAGAGAGGACGCUUGGAAGAGCAAGUGAGACAGCAUAAUGAGAAGAGAGCUUCGGUUGCUUCAGAAGCAGAUGGUGCAGAUGGCAAAAGCAAGAAAGACGAUGAUGAAUCGUAUGAAGUAACCCUUGAUGAGGACUUUUUAACAGCUUUAGAAUAUGGAAUGCCUCCAGCUUCAGGAAUGGGACUCGGAAUAGACAGACUGGUGAUGCUGUUGACAAACUCUGCAAGUAUCCGAGAUGUUAUUGCUUUUCCCGUCCUCAAGAUUCAGCAGUAGAUUCAAUACAACGACUUGGUGGAUUGGCUAUUGCAAUUUCACCCACCUUCUGGGCAUCUGGCAUCAACACGAAGAUUGAGUCGGGCUUUGACCCACUUUAGCUGUGGUCAGACCAGGAGCAGGCAAAACCGGACCUUGUUCAAACUGUGUUGGGUGCAAGGCUGGUUUCGAGGUUCACAUGCCUCGUCAUCCUCACCCAUAUUUUGACUAUUUAAUUUUUUUUAAGACAUUACCAUUACAUAAUGAUCACAACCAUUAGAUUGACAUUGUUUCUCAAGGCAUUGAACUGUGUUUAAACCUCUUUUUUAUAAACAAGAAACGUAUCAAAAGCAUCAA